AGAAUGCUUUCUGGCGCGUUAGCCCAUUUGGUCCCUACGGACAGUUAGACAGCCCGUGCGGCAACGCAUUGGGACUACACCGGUAUUUUAUUUGCACCAUUCCCCGGUUGUGAUUAAUUUACAACCUCCUGCUUAGAAAUCGACUGCCUUUACAGGGGACUGUAUUUGAAACCCUGCGCUUAGAAGCUAAAGACACGCAACAAGGGAGAAUUGUGGGCUCAGGACGCGCAGGAGGAGACGCAAUGCGAGGACUAGUAUGUUAGCAGUCGAUAUGUCAGCAAUCAAUGUUUGUUUUUGGAAGCCUUGUCUGCUCCACAAUGUGUAUUGUGCUUUGAUUAUUGUGAUUGCGUUAUUCCAUCUGUCCCUCCACCAAGGCACGUCAAGCACACAAGGAGCAAAAUGGAUUUGAAAUCAACAGCCACAACACCAAAGACAAGGUGUCCACGUCCUUCUUCCAUGUCCUUCGAUCCCUCUUGUCUUGUUGUUUUUUGUCUAUUUAAACAGCGUCAGGUCUGGAGU